AUGACGCGCCCGAUUGUCUAUAGCGUCGCCCUCGGCGUCUUUGUGUGUACAACGGUCAUGACCAUAGUGUCUAUCUUGACGCCGCAUUGGGUCACGUAUUCCGUCACCGCAGACACGGGCUCAACGUUUAAGAAAUACAUUGGACUUCAUCAGAGUUGCUCCUCCGUCGACGAUCCCUCGUGUCGACCCUUCCCUAACGACGAUGACUGCCGCGACGAUCAGUUCUUCUGCUCCAUGUGGAGGAGCAGCGGAUUCCUCAUCUCAUUUGCUACAAUCGUUGAGCUCGCAACCCUUAUCACUUUCCUCGUCGUGAUGGCCGGCGGCAAGUACAAGCGCGAGACGGGCUGGAAACUGAUCGGCUUCCUUUUACUUGCUGACGCCGCCGUCGAGUUCGCGAGUAUGGGCAUCGUGGCCUAUCUCUUCGAUACCGAUUCCCAAUUCAUCAUUCCUGGCUGGUCUCUGGAUUGGUCUUGGAUCCUGUGCACUAUCAGCGGGUCCGUAUCUGUUCUGAUUGCGAUAAGUCUGGCUGCCUCUUCUUGGUUGCUGCCGCCCGAAGACGACUACGAAUAUCUCGAGGAUCCAAUCGACGCCUAA